AUGGCCGCUGCGGUCAAGUCCGAGGUGGCCUCUGAGCCCAAGGUGAGGCCUACUCGGCCUGAUGAGGACACGUACAAGUCCAAUCUCGCCCAGGCUGAGAAGGAACACUCUGCUGUUCAGGAGAAACUGAACCAAGUCAAGGCCAAGAUCGAGACCGCCAAGCCCAACAACCAGGACUCGCCCACCGCAAAGAAACAGCAGGAGCUUCGCGCUGAGCUGUCCUCCAUUCGCCAGAAGCAGCAGGGAUUCAAGGCCUCAAGGACGAGCACCCAGGAGAAGAUUAAUGCCAUCGAUUCGACACUCAAGGCCCGCAUUGCGGAGCAGAACAACUCCCGCACCCGCAUGUCCUUCAAGAACGUCGAGGAGAUGGACCGUGAAAUUUCCCGCCUCGAGAAGCAGGUCGACUCUGGUACCCUCCGCCUGGUGGAUGAGAAGAAGAUCCUCGCCGACAUCUCCAGCAUGCGCAAGCAGCGCAAGAACUUCGCCAGCCUCGACGAUGCGCAGAAGGUGAUCAACGACCUCAAGGCCCAGAUUGCUACCCUCAAGAAGACCCUCGACAACCCCGAGGCCAAGGCUCUGAGCGACAAGUACACGGAGAUCCAGAAGGAGCUCGAUGCGAUCAAGGCGGAGCAGGAUGGUGUUUUCAAGAACCUGAAUGCGCUGCGUGACGAGCGCACCAAGCUCCACAGUGAGCAGCAGACCAAGUGGGCUGCCAUCCGUGAGGUCAAGGACAACUACUACAAGGCCCGCAAGGCCUACAAGGAGUACGAGGACGAGGCCUGGAAAAUCCGCCGGGAGAAGCAAAAGGCUCAGCGUGAGGCUUUCGACCGCGAGAAGAAGCGCAAGGUUGCCGACAAGAAGCUGGAAGAGGCCUCUCGCCUUGCUUACACCGAUGAGAUCCUGGUCGCCCAGGGUCUCAUCCGUCACUUCAACCCGUCUUACGACUUCGCCCCACUUGGUCUCACCGAAAAGAAGGAGGAAUCCCCUGCUUUCCGCGCCGAGGUUGGCCGUAAGGUCGAUGACUCUGGCAUCAAGGGCAUGAAGGUGCUGAAGAAGGACGAGGACGAAUACUUUGUCGGCACCGGUGGAAAGAAGGGCAAGAAGGGUAAGAAGGGCAGCGCCAAUGGCACCCCUGCUGCUGCCACGCCUACGGAGACCAAAUUCAACAUGAACGUUGGUAUCAUUGAGGACUUUGCCAAGGUCAAGAUCGAUCCUCCUAUGAACCAGUCGGACGUCCCGGCUGUGGUUGAGAAGCUUGCGGCCAAGAUCACCGAAUGGAAGAAGGAUCAGGCCUCUAAGACCACCGAGAACAUCAACAAGGCCAAGGAAGAGAUUGCCCGCCUCGAUGCGGAAGAGAGCGCUGCCACCGAGACCAACGGCAAGACCGACGAGAAGGACGCGGCUGCAGAGACGGCCGACGACCUUCAGAAGGCCUCCCUGGAGGAGAAAGCUUAA